AUGGGUACCGAUAAGAAGAGAAAGAGACAAGAGCAGGGCGGCGAGCGGCCCUCCAAAAAGGCCGCCAUUGCGCCUGCCCACGGCAACGUGAAGGUGCAGUACGUCGACAAUGACGAGAUGCUAGGUCCUAUUAUAGCAUCAACACCGGGCCUCAAGUUUCCCUCACAAAUCACUUUCAAAUCGUACAAGCGCACCAAGCUUCUCCCCGAAGGCAGCCACACCGACCUGCUCCUCCAAUCAUCCGACCACUCCCGCCUCGACUACCUUGCGCGCGAAGAGAAGGAUGGCAGCGCGGAAAGCCGGCUCAAGGACUACAUCGGCGUGUACGACCCCGCAACCGCCAAGAUGCAGCUCAUGCCCGUGAAGAGAGUCACUUUGAGGAGCUCGCUCCGGAGCGAAGCAGACGAGCUACACAACAGACAGGCCAGGAUUGAGGCGGCACAAUCUACCUUCACCGCGAAGAGACAUGCGCUUGCCGCGGAAUUCGGAUCUAAGAGGUCGCGGAAGGCUAUUGAAGACAUGACCCAGAACGCUAUCCAGCGCGGAGACGCGGCCAAGGAUGAGGGCAUCGCGCAGAACGUGCUGCAAGGCAUGUCUGGAGCAACGGCUGCGAUGCCUACUUCCGAGGAGCUGGCUGCCGCCGUGGACGAGUCGAAACCGCGCCCGAAAGCGAACAUGACUGCCGAAUACCCCAUCGAUGUGUAUACAGUUGACAACGUCGUUGGCAAAGAGCUUAUGGCUCUGAUAGAGGUCAGCGACUGGGUCAGCGCUUCGGAGGCUGGCACUGGUGUCGAGGUUCGCAGCAGAUUCGUUGCCAAGCGCAUAUCGAAACUGGUCAAGAAUAAGCAGUAUCAGAAGCUGAAGCUGCUACGCUUUAUACUGCUUUGUGUGAAGCUCAACGACAUUGCGAAACCCGGCAGAGGAGCAAAGAAGAUCCCCCCGAAGGGCAAAUUCGAGACCGCCAUGGGCGACGACGUGCCGGCAUCAUUAAGCAACACUAUCAGGAGGAAGUUCGCGUCAGAAACUAAUGAACUGCCGCGCUGGAACAUUGACAACUUGAUGACCCAUGCCUGUGCCGCAGCGCUCAUGGUCGACGAUUUCGAGGUUGACGUUAACGACUUGCGAGAAGACUUCAAGAUUGAGAACAAGCAAAUCAAGCAGUAUUUCUCAGAACUGGGCUGCCGACUCAAUGUCCCCACUGAGGCCGACCGCAACAAACUCAAGAUCACAAAAGCAGAGAGUAAUAGCCAUACUAUUGCGAAGCUACGGCUACCUCUGAGAUUCCCCACACUGAGAAGAGGCCCGCCGAAGGGGCGUUAG